AUGGCGUCGAACACAAAAUAUACUCGCGCUUCCCAGCGAGACUCGCUCGAUGAUCCCGCACAUUAUUCGCAAGCCCCUCCAUCUUAUGCUGAACCUUCCACAUCUGCGGAUAAUGAUGCUCUCCUAGGAGGACCAAGAAGCAGCGAGGACAACAUUCCGGAUGACUUCAAGUUUGGAGGUUCUGUCGCUGAAGCAACUAUUGAGAUCCGCAUGCAGUUUGUCCGAAAAGUCUACUCUAUCCUCUCUGUACAACUCAUUGCCACAGCCGCUCUAAGCUCCGUCUCCUUCUUCAGCGAAUCCUACAAAACCUGGAUUCAGUCAAACACUUGGAUGUUAUGGACUUCGAUGUUUGGCGCAAUUGGUUUCAUGCUCUUGACCUACUGGAAGCGCAAGUCAUAUCCAACCAACUUGUUGUUUCUUGGAGGAUUCACAGCGCUCGAGGCAUACUCGAUAUCGGUCAUCGUAUCGACAUUUGAUUCUCGCAUUGUUCUUCAAGCCGUCUUACUUACUGCCGGAAUAUUUGUUGCGCUGACACUCUUCGCCUGCCAAACCAAAUAUGAUUUUACGUCAUGGAUGCCUUAUCUCUUUGGUGGACUUUGGGCAUUGAUUCUCUUCGGAUUCAUGGCCAUGUUCUUCCCAAACAACAGUACGGUUGAUUUGAUUUAUUCUGGUAUCGCCGCUCUUAUCUUCUCCGGCUACAUUCUCGUUGACACCCAGCUCAUUAUGAGACAUUAUCACGUGGAGGAGGAGAUUGCAGCAGCUAUCAGUCUUUACCUUGACAUCAUCAACCUGUUUUUGGCCAUUCUCCGAAUCCUUAACAGCCAACAAAAUAACUAG